AUGAAAAGGCAAAAUCAAAGCACUGUGGUUGAAUUCAUCCUUUUGGGUUUUUCUAGCUUUCCUGAACUACAAGAGCAACUCUUUGGGAUUUUCUUGGUUAUCUAUCUGGUCACCUUAGUAGGGAAUGCCAUCAUUAUAGUCACCAUCUCUCUAGACCACAGACUCCAUGUCCCCAUGUACCUAUUCCUCCAAAACUUGUCUGCCGUGGAUAUGAGCAUCAGCGCUGUCAUUAUACCUGAAAUGCUGGUUGUCUUCUCCACUGAGAAAACAUCCAUUUCAUUUGUGAGUUGUUUUGCCCAGAUGUAUUUCAUCCUCUUUUUUGGGGGGACUGAAUGUUUUCUCCUGGGGGCAAUGGCUUAUGAUCGAUAUGCUGCAAUCUGCCACCCUCUGAACUACCCAGUCAUUAUGAACAAAAGGGCUUUUGUGAGAUUAGUUUUAUGCUCAUGGGCCUUGGGUUUCAUGUUGGGUACUGUGCAAACAUCAUGGGUGUCCAGUUUUCCCUUUUGUGGUCCCAAUGAAAUCAAUCAUAUCUCUUGUGAAACCCCAGCUGUACUAGAGCUUGCAUGUGCAGACACCUACUUCUUUGAAAUCUAUGCGUUCACGGGCACCAUUUUGAUUAUCUUGAUUCCUUUCUUACUGAUCCUCUUGUCGUAUACUCGAAUUCUCUUUGCCAUCCUGAAGAUGCCAUCAACCACUGGGAGGCAAAAGGCCUUUUCCACCUGUGCCUCCCACCUCACAUCUGUCACUCUCUUCUAUGGCACAGCCAACAUGACUUACUUACAACCCAAAAAUGGCUACUCUCCGGAAACCAAGAAACUGAUAUCAUUGUCCUACUCACUUCUGACACCUCUGCUGAACCCCCUGAUCUACAGCUUGAGAAACAAUGAGAUGAAAAGAGCCUUGAUGAAACUAUGGCGAAGAAGAGUGGAUUCACACACUUUCUGAUUGUACUGAGAGUCUUGUGAUAGUUAGCCACUGCCCAACUGAA